AUGCCAAUGGCUCGGUCACCUCCCUGCACACCCCCGGUUGGCAGGGGACACCUAGCCGCGCUCGUCGGGAUCCCGGGGGAGCAGGGCUCCGGGGCAGCGGAGGAAACGCGAGUGGGCGGUCCCGGGCCUCGCAAGCCCCAGCGACGUCCUUAUCUGGGCCUGGCGGGAGCGCGUCUCGGCACUGAUAACCGCCCACCAGGGCCGCCCGGGCUCUGCCGCCGCUGCCAGGGGCCCCGGAGCCCAGGAGAGGGGCGCGCUGGCAGUGCGGGGACAGGGGGCCGGGAAGGGCUCGACCCUCGCCUCCCCGGGGCGCGAGCGGUCGUCUCCCCUCCUCCCGCAGAAGCCACUGCGACGGCCGCCCCGCCGGCUCGCUCCUCCCCAGGUCCCUCCGGUCGGGGCGGGCCGAGGGGUCGCUCCGCCUGGCCCGGCGCCCCCCACCCACGCGGACCCGAGUGCCCGCCCCUCUGCGGGGGCCGCGGCCCAAAGGUCCCAGAGAUGGGGGAGGGGGUCAACGGGGGAGGUGUCGGGGGCUUAAAGAGAAAGAGGGGUCUUCCGGUCUCGGCCACCGCUCCGGGCUACGCCCCCUCCUCGGACCUUGGCGAGUACUCUUCCCGGGGUCCCCGGUCGGGGAGAAAAACCUCGCGGUCGCGCUCCGCUCGGCCCAAAGGGAGCGGCGAAGAACCGGCGAGGAAAACGCCUAAGGGAGGCUCCUGGCGAUUCCAGCCGGGGAGGGGGGCCAGCAAGCCGGAGCCAGAACCGCCGCUCCUCGGCCCGCGGCGCCGGACUCGGUCCCGCCAACCCCGCACCCACGGUCGCAGGGGCCGCUCGCUGCUGCGGGCGCAUCGGGUGCCGGGCUUCGCUCUCCCCGACGAGCAGGGACACCCUACAGUCGUGGGGAAGCUCCCUCGGCCGGCCCGGAUCCGACCCGCAGGCAGCCCGCAGGCGAGCCGGUUCUCCCGCUGCAGGUCCAGACCCGCGCGUCUACGCCUCAAGCAAAGGGUCGCCGCCCUCUGCGGCCAGGAACGGGUGGCCACCAAAGUCACCCGGGGUCGGGGACGGAAGGAGCUCGAGCCUCCCCCGUCCCCUUCAGCCUUCGCGGGGAGGCUGGAGAAAGGCAGUCCCGCGCCCCCCGCCGCCCCCCGCCGCCCGUCGCGGCUCCGAGUCCCCGCGGCCCCACCCCGCCCCCUGGGCCGGUGGGCUCGGCGCUCACUCACCGCGCCCGGCUCCGGCCGCAGCCUGCAGCCGCGGUCUCCCGACGCCGCCGACUCCCGCGGGUCACUGCAGGCCCCGCCGCCCCAGGACCGCGAGGGGGCAGGGCGAGGCGGAGCGGGGCGGGGCGGAGCCGCUGCCUCAGGUAACAAUGCUGCGGACCGGGCUGCUCCCCGCGCCGGCCGCGAAGGGCAGCACGCCCUUUCCUGCUCGGCGGCCUCCCCCGCUCCCCUCCACCCUCUGGGCGCCGCCGACGCCGCCACCGCGCUCGCCUUCACCUGCCCCGGGCUCUCGGGUCUUGGAAGCCGCGCUCGCAAGCUGUUCCCGGCACGCGAAGACGGAUGCGGGCUGUGGAGGGAGGUCGGGGAGAGGGAGACGGAGAUGGCGCGGCUUGGAGUGGAGCCGGGUGUCCUAGUGGAACGGGCGAGGGAGGCGCCACGCUGGCUUCGGAGCGGGCAAGCGGCUUCCACAAAGGAGCCUCUGCCGCAGCCUCCCGGACACCCUCCCCUGCGCACACGCGCGCGCACACACCGCACACACUUCAGCAAGCACGCACACCCUCCAGCACACUCACGCAUCCCCGCGCGCCGCAGAGCCUGUUUCUCCCUGGAGCACUGGGCAGCACUCGGAGGACUGUCCCAGCCCGGUGGCCGAACUUUGGCGGGCCCGAGCUUCCCCAGCGGUCCGCCCCUUCUUGGGGCCUGCCAACCUUGACUUGUGACGCCAGGCAGUGAGAAGCGAGUCGUCAAAGAAAACUCACCGGGCAGAUCGGCCGGCGGAAGUCAGCUGCCGAGUGGGGAGGCGCCCUCUGCGGGGAUGAGGUCAUCGCCACCUUUGACUCGGUGAUCCCAGAUAACCGACCAGGCUUUUCCAGGCUCAGGUGCCUGGGGACUUCCUCCUUCUCCACCUGGUCCCCGGUGCCUGAACCCAAAGGACAGAAUUCCUCGCAUGCUCCUUGGAUAGAAAAAGAGGAACUAGUAAUGUAGACCAAGCGACCAACCAACUAGACCCCAAACCUGCUCACCAGUAGCCCGUUUCUUGGUCAUGGGUCAGGUGUACACUCCGAAAAAGAAACGGAUGCUAGUAAGAUCAUGGAAAGGCUCGAGAGUCGGAAAAGGUGAUUAACGACAGUCCUGUGUUUUAUACUGAUAUUAAUCCCAAAUGAAUAUUGACUCGAGUGGCAAAAGUUGACUGACAGGGUGCCACAAGUGAGGAACGGUUGGCAUCCUCUACCUUUCUUUCCCGGCUGCGAGGGGGGCCCACACCUGCUGCCUCUUCCCACUCCUCCAGCCCUGGGAACAUGGCCGCCCAGCAUGCGCUCUGAAUCAGUCACCUUAGCCCUGUGUAGAGAGGCUCACCUGUGAUCCCAGCUGCUGCGAGGCAGGGGCAGGAGGAUCACUUGAGCCGGGAGGUUAGGCCAACCUGGGCAACAGCCAGACCCCUGUCUCAAAAAAAAAAAAAAAAAAAAAAGAUAUCACUAAGUGGUCAAGUUGGGCGACCCACCCCUGCCUCUCCUCCCUCUGAUCUCUGCAGGGUCCUGCCAUCUGCUUUUCUGGCCUUCCCUGAGGACCCUUCUUUUCCUUUGAGGGUGGUCAUAAGCCUCUUCCAAGUCUUGAUCUCCCAUCAUCCAUUAUUAUCGCAAGCCAAUUGCCUUUCACUCCAACCUGGAUGGUCCUGCUUUGGUGGGGCUUGAAGCCUACAACUUGUGAGGGAGGUUUUUAAAGCACAACAAUAAAAACUUACAAACAAAUGCUAGGUAUCUGUCCUUGGAAGGGCCCAGGGAAAAUGAGGGACAUGGAAACGGAAAGGUCAAAGCAAAUUCACUCCUUAUUUUCCCACUGCCAGGGACUCUUGCUUCAUAUUCUUUUAGUUCUAAAGUCCGAAUUCAGUCUAUAAAGUGUACUCAUCUUUCUGUCAGAACUGAUCCUCUUCCCUCCCUCCUUUACCUAAGUGUUCCUUUGAGGUUUUAUGUCUUGUUUUAUUUCUGCGAUUUGAACUCUGGGCCUUACUCUCUACUACUGAGCUAUGCCAACCUAAAAGCUGGUUUUUAAAGGUCAAAUGCCAGCUUUUCGUUUGGGGGUCUCUUUCUCUCUCUCAAUUCCUUAUAUCCAUGCAGUUGCCAAGUUUGCUGUUCUUUCCCAAGUGAUAUCUGUUAGUCUAAGCUUUAUAUCCACUGUCACCACACUCCCCCAAUUAGAGGAAGGGGGACCUGAGGUGUUUUGGCUGUUGGCCAUGUUUCAGGCAUCUUGAUUGUUAUAAUCCUGGAAACCCCACUUCCUGUAUUUUUUUAGCUUAGGGAAGUUAAAUUGGAUGUCUGCACCCACUACCUCAGUAGUGUUCUUUCCCCUUCCCCUCUCUCCUCCCUAAAUCCAUCUUGAAAUUGCUCUCAGAUUACUCUUUUGUAAUUUCAUCACAUGACCUAUGUGUUCACAUCACAACAUGUUCUAUAGUUCACAUGGCACCUUCAGGAAAAAGGUGGCGUUCUUCAGGCUGAUGGUAGUGUUCUGCCUUCAUCCCCCACAAUCUGGUGGGUCCCCUUUUACACAAGCAGCAUGGCAUGCUGCCCCAGAAUGUGUCCUGCUUGAUUGGACUCCUUUUUUGUAUUAUACACAUUCGGAGGACAAAAGGUACUUGAAUGAAGCAAACAAAGCACAACUCUCAGAAGUUCUUUUUUAAAAUUAUUUUUUAAUUUUUAAAAAAUUGAGACAGAUUCCUUGCCAUGUUGCAGAGACUGGUCUCCAAUUUACAAUCCUCCUGCCUCAGCCACCAGAGCUGUUGGGAUCACAGGUGUGCACCACCACACCAGGCUAGAGUUCAUAUCUUGAUGCAUUGGUUCUAAGGCUGCAAAUCUAGAAAACAAUUUAUUCUUCAUCUACUCGUCUGCUGAUUGUUAACUGUACCCUCAUCUCACCUAAGUUUGCACCUGCCAGGAAAGAGCUUCUGUCCAUUCACAUCACAAAAAUGUGCCAACCUGCCACGCGUGGUGGUGCCCACCUGUGAUCCCAGCAGCUCGAGAGGUUGAGACAGGCAGACUG